AUGUCCAUAGUAAAAUACCUCCCGGGAAACCUACUCAAUCUCUUCGGCGCCGGUACCAACUCCCUAAAUCGAAGUCUCGCGUGGCACUUACUAGUGUGCGCCGCGAACCCGGACACAUCCCAGAGAAAGAUACAGAAGGAAAUAGACGACGUCGUCGGACAGGAUAGACAGCCCUCGUGGCAGGACAGUCACCACAUGCCCUUCACUGUGGCAAGCAUACGUGAGAUGCAACGCUGGAAGACGGUAAUGCCGUUGGCUAUACCAAGGAGGCAAGCAGAAAACAUAGUCAUAGGAGGAUACGUCAUCCCCAAGGGAACAGCCGUGAUGGCUAACUUGUGGGCGGUUCACAUGGACCCGAACCUUUGGGAAAGUCCCGAAACAUUUAAUCCCUAUAGAUUCCUGGUCCUGGAUGAUCAAACUCUGAAGAUAACAACAAAACCUGACUAUCUCAUCCCAUUUUCAAUAGGCAAGCGUAUGUGCCCCGCAGAAGGAGCUUCAACCGUGGCGUACUUUCUCUACCUGACCAGCAUUCUGCAGAAGUUCAAUGUUCUCCCCGAAGAAGGCCAAACGAUCGACCUCACCUCCAAUUGCGUGUCAUUCAACUCACCAAAGUCUCAACGAAUGCGAUUCAUGCCGCGCUCACCCAUUACGUGA